GUGAUGUUGGAGACAGAUGCUUAAUGAGAGGACUGUCGUCGAUCUUCUGGUACAUGAUCAGAUAAACCGUGUCGGAUUCAACAUUUCGUGACAUUUUUGGUUUCUAGCUGUACGCUCACUAAAUUUCCUCAGAUCUAACCCUGAGUUGAGUGAGUACUGCCCUUCCUGGACCAACAUGAAGUCAUUAUAAUAACGAUAGCUAUGCAGGAACUGUCCAUUAGCCACGAGGAUUAGAACCUACCAUGUCGAACAAUCCGCCCCUCCAAGUGCUCCUCUUCGACGUAUUCGGGACAACCCUAUCCUGGAGAGACGCCGUCACGCGAAGUCUCCAAGGAGCAGCCACAAAAGCGCUGAAUGAGUCCCGCGAGUCACUUUCACCAGACGAGCACGAGCGGGCAUCAGCACUGACCUAUCAAGACUGGUUAGCCAUCGCCGAAGAAUGGCGCGAGUCCUACAACCACUUCACGCACAACUUCGACCCGUCGUCAGGUUUCAUGCUCGUCGACCAGCACCACUACGAGUCCCUGUGCGACAUCCUCCAACGCCGCAAGCUGGACGGAGUCUUCACAGACGGCGAAAAGCGGGAGUUAGCGCUCAGCUGGCACCGGCUAGAUCCGUGGGCGGACACCGUGCAGGGUCUGGCUAUGCUCAGCAGCAAGUUCAAGACCUGCACGCUGUCCAACGGCAAUGUGUCACUGCUGGAGGAUCUGGUGAAACACGCCUCUCUGCCAUUCACCGAUAUCGCCAGCGCGGAGCACUUCGGGGCGUACAAGCCCUCGCCUAAAGUGUAUCUGGGAGCGGCGGGCCGGUUUGGAAUGCAGCCCAACCAGUGUGCGAUGGUGGCUGCGCAUCUGAGUGAUUUGAAGGCCGCAAAGGCCUUGGGGUUCCAGACAAUUUAUGUGGAGCGACCUCAGGAGGAGAAUCUGGAUCCGGAGCAGGCUCGGCGGGAGGGGUAUGUGGAUUUGUGGAUAGAUGAAGAAUCUGCUGGGUUCGUGGAAGUUGCAAAGCGGUUGGGAAUUUCUGUGACGGGUGAAGUAUAAAUUGGUGAUUGGUGACUGCGAACAUGGGGAGGUUGAUUGUUAUUAUACUUGAUAGACUCAUAUCAUCUUCACAUGGCGAUGUUUAAC